GGGGGGGGGGGGGGAAGAGAUCAAAGCUUUCAUUCCUCAGGCGAAGUCUUCAUUCGCCCCGCCCCGUCUCAGGCUGACUGCACACCUGGGCAGGAGCCGCAGGUGAAGGUGACAACCGAGGAAGACCCCGGUGUGUGAGCCUCGCGACUCUGAACCGACGUUUUGUUUCGGACCUGGAUGCUGGAAUAAACGAUUAUGGGUGAAGCUCAAGGUAAAGAGGACGGGACAGUGACCCGGUCAGCAGAGUACGUAGGCUCGUUCCCUGUGGAUGACUGCUGUUUGGAUGAGCAGAUAAAGCAGCUGCAUGCUCAGCUGAGCGCCCUGAAGGCAUGCAGACAGAGAAGGCCGGUGGCUCUAAAGUUCUCCUUAAAAGGUGUGAAAAUGUAUGACGAGGAUGAAGUGACACUGCUGAUGGCCCACGCUCUGCGAAGAGUCUCUCUGUCUACCGCCUAUCCCAUCAAUGCCCAGUUUGCUUUUGUCUCCCAUAAUCCAGGAAGCACAGAUGCCCAACUUUAUUGCCACGUUUUUAAAGCGAUGCACGCCAGAGCAGCCCAGUUCCUGAACCUGUUGCUGUGCCGCUGUUUCCAGCUGUCCUACUUACAGAAGCACCCAGAAGAAGCAGAUGAAGAAUCUGUUGGCUCAGCGCCUCAACGUAACCCCUCACUGCUCAACCAUGGCUUCCCUCUCAGCGUCAGUGCCUUGGUUUCCUUCAGAAGAGCCCCUUUUCGAGGGUUGUUGUUUGGCUCAAAGAAAUCUACGAAGAAAGUUGAUGACCUUCACAACAACCAAGAGGAAGUCUUUUCAGCCUUUUCGCCCUCGCUGAUGCGCAAGAAAGUCAUCCGCACCAAAGGGCUGCGCUCUGGCGCUUACCGCUCCUUCACCUUCACCCCGCUCAAACAGCAACGCCUUCAGGAGCGUCUGAGUGAGUCACAAGCAGAAAACUCUCAAGACAACGUCCCAGUGAAGGGAACCCGGACUCCGAGCCUCGCCGAGACAGAGGAAGCCCUAGCCCAAGCGGUGUGGUGUUGGGCUGGGAUUGCAGCCGACAACGGCUGCUCCCUCCUUGCUGACGAUGUUCUGGGAUCGUACCUUCUGUGUCCACAUCCCAAAAAACCCAAAUGUGGUUCUCUGAUCAUUCGCUUCGCCUCUGGCCUGGCUACCCACUUGAUCCUGAAUACUCGCAAAGGAACGCUCAUGCUGGAGAAGUCCAAGACAGAAUUCACCUCCGUUGCUGAGCUGAUCGAACACUACUCCCAGUCCCAGGAUGAGCUGCCGUGCCCUCUGAGCUGCGCCCGGGUGAACCACUGCUAUGAGUGGGAGGAAAAUACCAACAUCCAGCGUGCUCCCAAAAUGCACACGAGCUCUUACAGAAGCAAAUCUAAAAGUAGCCGCAGAAGGGAAUGGGUGUAAAGACGCAAAAGCUGCACUCAUUUCUGCACAUUCAUCGUAUCGUACAUUAAAAUCAGGAUGUCUAUGGUGACAAUAAUGAACUGCAACCUUCCAUGCACUUAUCACUGUUUGCACGUGAUUAACUGAGGGCACUUAUCUGUGACUGAACAAACACUGCUUGUGUGUUUUCCAAAGAAUAAUUUUAAAAGUAUUUUUUUACCUGCCUUUAGGCCAAAGGUUUGUUCUUAGAUGUGCAACCACUUCAACAUCUGUGGGGUGGAAAAGAUGGUGAAGCCCAAGCUUUUCUUUUUUAACUUUACCUAAAUGUUCAUUAUUUAAGCAGCUUUUACGCCUCUGCUGGAUUUUAAUCCUGUUUAUAGAUGACUUGUACAAAAAUGUCUGUUUUCUGUUUUGCUUUGUUAUUUUUCUGAUAGUUUGUCAAAAGUUUACUGUUAGAAGUUCAGACAUUCUGUCAGCAGACGAGUCUUUAAGGUGGUGGGAGAUGGUUGUCUGCUCUUGUGGUGUCUCGUCGCCAUCUUUCUGAUUCCGUUCUCUGGUUUACAAUAAAUCAGUCAGUUCCACCAAGCAAA